GGUCGCUUGUCAACAGGUAAAUAAUCUUUUAAGCUAAUCAUGGAUAACAUCGAACACAUUUUGUCCAUAUGCUCGACCAUCUACAAGAUGGCUGAGAAUGUGAAGGCCAACAAGGAGCGCUGCCAACGAGUCGCCCAGAGAGUCAAAGCCCUGGAGGAACUGGUUCUCACCAUCAAACAAAGGGGGCCGGGCCAAAUAUCUGCCACUGUGGAGAAUGCUCUGAGGGAAUUCUGCAUCACUGUGGAAGGAGCCAAGGAGAUAAUGAUGAAAUACUCCAAAACUAAAGCUGUUAUGAGCUUCCUGAAGUCCGGCAGCCAUGAAGAAAAGUUCUGCAAGGUGAACGAAAGACUCAAUGAUAACUUCCAGGUCCUGUCUGGGGCUCUACAGAUCGAGCAGGGGAACAUACUGUCCAAAGUGUAUGAAACUGUUUCAGGACGGAGACAGGAUGAAGAGUGUUACAGUGGACAGGCUCCCACUAGCCCCACAGCUCCCAUGCCUCUCCCCAGCAUCAUGCCCCCCACGCCAGUGUCUAGCCCCACAACUCCCAUGCCUCUCCCCAGCAUCAUGCCUCCCAUGCAAAUGUCUAACCCCACAACUCCCAUGGCUCUCCCCAGCAUCAUGCCCCCCACACCAGUGUCUAGCCCCACAGCUCCCAUGGCUCUCCCCAGCACCAUGCCCCCCAUGCAAAUGGUUAGCCCCACAACUCCCAUGCCUCUCCCCAGGACCAUGCCCCCCAUGCAAAUGGUUAGCCCUACAACUUCCAUGCCUGUCAGCUACAUCAUGUCCCCAAUGCCAGUGUAUAGCGCCACAAGCGCCAUGCCUGUACGUGGAACAGUGGCUCCCAUCUGUUACUCCACCACCAUUGGCCCCAGACCUGUCCAUAGAAUCAUUGCCCCGGCACAAGCACCUUUUGCCCGAAUGACAAAAAAUACAUAUGUUAUAAGAAGUUAUAUGGUCAGCAACUCUAAUUUUCCUUAAAACAAGGGAAACACAAUGUAAAAAGUGUUUGAAACUGUUGCAGGAAGGAGACAGGAUGAAGAGUAUUGUUGUGGAAAACCUCCUACUAGCCCCAGAGCUCCCAUGCCUCUCCCCAGCACCAUGCCCCCCACGCCGGUGUCUAGCCUCACAACUGCCAUGCCUGUUAGCUGCAUCAUGUCUCCCAUGCCAGUAUAUACCUCUGCAAUUGACAUUUGUGCACGUGGAGCCAUGGCUCCCAUCCGUUUCUCCACCACCAUUGCCACCAUUUUUGGACAGUCUUUCCUGGAAGGCAUUCAUUCUCUAUUUUACACAUAAAAAGUGACAGAAGUAGUUGUGCAAAGAGUGAAAAAAGAGAGCUUGAGUGAUAAGUUCAAAUUCUGCCUAUUUUCUCCGCAAACCUGGCCCAAUGCUGCCUGAAGUGGACUUGAUUGUUUGAUUGUCUGUUUUGGAAAGAUGAUCUUACAAGCAAGGGCGAGGUUAUGCUUGAAAAGAACAAAUUUACAUGACGUGUUGUCUGACCUCAUCGGAAGGCAAAAGGGUUUAUAGUUGUUUCAAAUGGCAACACAAUUUUUAUGGUGUGAAAGUGAGUGAAAAGCCGACGGUCAUGGAGGUGGAGGUAUAAUAAUUGUUUAUAUUGUAAUUAAUUUGCUUACUUCCACACAGCCAAUCACAGCGGGAAGUGGGUGUGAAUGUCAGAUUGUUGGUUUCGGAAACUUAGAAAGGGUCGGACCCCCCCCCCCCAAUCUGACGUCAGAAAGGUGUGGGGGAGGAAACGAUUUGAUCAUCCGAGAAGCAGUUCUGAUCGAACGUUAAAGUUAGAGCAAGUGCCUGUUCACAUUAGAAAUUGGCAUGUGCAUUCCUGCGAAAAUGUUUACAUGGGCAUUUAUUCUGUUUAUAUUUAAUAUAUUCACUAUUAAUUAUUAUUAUAUUAUUUUUAUGUGAAGCAAUUCAUUAUUUUGUUCUAUAUAAAUGAAGUUAAUAAAAAUAUUACUGACCAUUUAUAUAUUCAUCCUUUUAAAGCACUUUAAAAUGUCUUGUGUAUAAACAAUGCAAAUUAAUAUUGUCAUUGAAACAAGACUGAUAGGUGAUGACUCGUGAACGGUAUGUUUAGGGAAAUAUAACUUGUUGUUAAAACAUGUUACAGAAAGCUUGUUCUUUAUUAAAGGAGCUACCAAUAACUCCAGUA